AUGGCGGGUAUUAAAGGUAAAUUGAUUGAUACUUGCGCUACAAAACUCUCUUGUUUCCAUAAACGUUUUCUCCCGACACUGGCAAGCUAAGUGCAACAUUGUAUCCAUUCCACGUAGGCUACGAACACUUAUUAUGUAUCAUGGCUAGAAGUUAUCUAGCUUUUGUCAAAUUAACGUCAAAAGUAGAUUUUUUAUUUUAGCUAACCCUAACCAUUUUCCUAACCUUAGCCUAAUUCUCCUAACAUGCUACGUUAAUUAUUCUACCCUGCAGCGUACAUUAUCAUAACCUGCUACAAAAUGUCAAAUCUGAAGUUAAUUUGACAAAAACUGUAUCCCUUCUAGCCAUAAUCCUUGUUAUGGUGUCACGUAUAACUUUUGCCUUGUUGUGAUACGUUGACCGUGGCUUGCACUGUUACAUUGACAUGUUAGUUUGUUAUCCAGUAUUGCAAUAUAACAUAAAAGGAUACAAUGUGCUUGUGUAUUUCCCUACAAUGAAGACUCAAGUACGAUUUAUUUGGCUACUUGAGAGUUCGCAAUAUAUGCAGGCUUACGCCUUGAUCACACCGACUGAGUCCUUGCGUUUUGGUACACCAGACGUACAUUAUUUUCCAAUGGAAAGCUGCGUUUGCCUUGCAGCGCUGCGUUCUGUGUGGUGCAUAUGUUGGAUUUAUCGAAGGUAUGUGUCAAACUGUAUGCAUAAACGGGUUGGCAGAAAUGGUAGCAGAAGGUGAAUGGUGAAGUUUUGUUGCACACAUAUCUAGAUGAUGCUGCAUACUAUUUUUUGCACAAUGACGCAGUUGGUGUAUUCAAAGCAUUACGCUUCGUACACACCAACUGCUUCAUUAAGUUUUGGGACACCAGAAGUACAUUAAUUUCCAAUGGAACACUGCGUUUGCCUUGCAGCAUUGCGUUGCAGUGCAUUCUGUGUGGUGCAUACGUUGGAUUUAUCGAAGGUAUGUGUCAAACUGUAUGCAUAAACGGGUUGGCAGAAAUGGUAACAGAAGGUGAAUGGUGAAGAUUUGUUGCACACAUAUCCAGAUGAUGCUGCGUACCAUUAUUGCGCACACCACUGUAGGUCUGAUCUAGGCGUAACAACUUGAUCACACAGUCAUUGCGCAAAAUAGUAGGCAAUGUGUGCAACAAAAGUUCAACAUUCACCUUCUGCUACCAUUUCUGUCAAGCCGUCUACGCAUACAGUUUGACGCAUACCUUCGAUAAAUCCAACGUAUGCACCACACAGAACGCACUGCAACUGCCUCUGCAACGCAAUGCUGCAAAUCAAACGCAGUGUUUCAUUGGAAAUGAAUGUAGUUCUGGUGUACCAAAAUGCAAUGACGCUGUCGGCGUGAUCGAGGCGUAAGAGCAGGGGAGACAGAUGAGGGAGACGGCAAUGACAGAUUGGAGCCUGGCCUGUAGGCCUUCAUCAUGUGGCCGCCACCUAGUCACAGCCUUGCCUGACGUGAGCGUAUUCACUUUUUGUGUGGGUGGGAAGUGGUGUAUGAUGGGGUGUUAUUCUCAGUUGAUUCUAUGUAUUUGUCUAUUCAUGUGGACAAUAAAGUAUAUCGUAUAUCACGGGGAGUGAAGGCAAUCCACACUGAAAACGGUGAACCAACUCUCUCUUGAGAGACUUCCUAAGAAAAUGUAACUUAAUUGUGUACAUUCCAUUUGUCCUUUUAUUUACAUUCAUGAUGGCAGAACCUUAUUAUUAGUUGCAUAAUACACUGUUAUAAGUUGCAUGCUACCAUUUUUGUAUUUGAGUAUUUAUUUGGAUGGGACAUUUGGCUGCUUAGAGUGAGUAGACUACUGAGUAGGAUCCAUCUUUGCUGGAUAGCCUGUAAGAACCCUGCCUCUAAAAGUGAUCUACAACUGCCUCACCAUCUCUGUUUUUUGUCGUCCUAUAGCGCUGGUUGGGUUGUCCUUCAGUGGAGCUAUUGGCUUGACGUUUCUCCUGUUGGGCUGUGCACUGGAGCAGUAUGGGUACGUAUUUACCCCUCACCUCUGAAGUCUGUGAGACACUCUUGUUAAAUGGGACCACACAUGUAAGUCAGCGGUGUAGCUAACUCUGAUGCAGUGUGUCACGAUUUUCUCCAAGGUGGUUAAACCUAUUGGAGCAGUGGUUAGUGUGUUUGCAUGUGGGGUGGGUGACCCAGAUUCAAAACCAGCAAAGGGGUGUUAUGUUCUGCAUAACUGAUUUGAAGAGGUUUUGUUUUCAUUGUUUUCCCAGGGUGUACUGGCCUCUAUUCGUCCUCAUCUUCUACGUACUCUCUCCGAUCCCCACCUUCAUAUCCAGAAGGCUCAGUGAUGACAGUGAUGCCACCAGCAACGCAUCCAGAGAGCUAGCAUACUUCUUCACUACGGGCAUUGUGGUGUCUGCGUUCGGGCUUCCCAUCAUACUGGCCCGGGUUGCAUUA